GGACCGGCCGCGCGCGCUCAGUAACCGAACUUGCAGAAAACUAUUGAAGAUGGGAGGCGCAGUGAGCGCGGGAGAAGAUAACGAUGAGUUAAUUGAUAACCUGAAGGAAGCUCAAUACAUCCGCACGGAGCUGGUGGAACAGGCCUUCCGAGCCAUUGAUCGAGCUGACUACUACCUGGAAGAGUUCAAAGACAACGCCUACAAAGACUUGGCCUGGAAACAUGGGAACAUUCAUCUCUCGGCACCGUGCAUCUAUUCGGAGGUGAUGGAAGCUCUGGAUCUGCAACCCGGGCUGUCGUUCUUGAAUCUCGGCAGCGGCACCGGUUAUCUCAGUUCCAUGGUUGGGCUCAUCUUGGGUCCAUUUGGUGUUAAUCAUGGCGUGGAGCUUCAUUCUGACGUGAUCGAAUACGCAAAGCAGAAACUGGACUUCUUCAUCAAAACGAGCGACAGCUUUGACAAAUUUGAGUUUUGUGAGCCAUCUUUUGUUACUGGCAAUUGUUUGGAGAUUUCUCCAGACUGUACUCAGUACGACCGUGUUUACUGUGGUGCAGGAGUCCAGAAGGAGCACGAAGACUACAUGAAGAAUCUGCUGAAAGUUGGGGGAAUUCUUGUCAUGCCUCUGGAGGAGAAGUUGACUAAGAUAACACGCACUGGUCCCUCUGCCUGGGAAACCAAGAAGAUUCUUGCUGUUUCUUUUGCUCCUUUGAUUCAACCUAACCAUGCAGAUUCAGGAAAAUCGAGGCUUGUUCACUUGCCCCCAGUGGCCGUUCGCAGCCUCCAGGAUCUGGCCCGCAUCGCCAUCAGAGGAACCAUCAAAAAAAUAAUCCAUCAAGAAACAAUGAGCAAAAAUGGAAAUGGGUUGAAGAACCCCCCAAGGUUUAAACGAAGACGUGUGCGUCGCCGUCGCAUGGAAACUAUUGUUUUCUUGGACAAAGAGGUCUUCGCUARUCGCAUCUCCAACCCAUCGGAUGAUAACAACAACUGUGAAGAGUUUGAGGACGAGAGGCGAGAAGAGGAAGAAACGAAACCCCCCGAACUAAAGCCAGAUCCCCCUGUAAACUUUCUGAGGGAAAAGGUCUUAAGUCUGCCUUUGCCUGAUCCCUUGAAAUAUUACCUGCUUUAUUACAGAGAAAAGUAAUUUCCUUCUCCUAGAAAGUGGGAAGUAGAAACUAAAGUACUACUUAGGGCUUGACAAAUGCGUACCACUUGCUUGCCUGCUAAUAUGACCACACGAGGCAGUAGGCUGGCUGGGGAAUGUGGCUGCUGUAUACUUAAACAUGAUAGCUUUUUUAAGUUUCUUCUUUCUUCUCAGUUGUGUGCUCUAGUUUUAUCCUACAGCAGGGCUUCCUUAGGAAGCAAGUUGGUGAAAUGCUCGGCUGCUUACAGAAAGGAGGAUUGAAUUCUCUGGAUCUAACUGCAUGGAGAUGUUUGGAAAUCUCCUGGCUGCUCCACCACAUGGCGGUUUUAAAAUAUUCUUAAGCAGCUUCCCAAAGACCCUUGUCCAUGCUCACUCCCACUAACCCUGCCAUGGGUUUAUAUUGGUGUGUGUUUAAUGGAGGAUGAAGAUUUAUUAGUUAAAAACUGACCCGGCAAAUCUUGUUUCUUCCAGAAAUCUGAAAAAGCACAACUUUUACAGACAUGAAAGAGAAGGUUUUGGCGUUAACCCUUGAGGCAUCCAGGUUUUGAAUGCAGAAGGAAAGCAUCAGCUCCCCUUUGGUUGGUCUCGGUUUUGCUUAUAAAAUAUAUAUUUUUAGUAAAAGGUAGAAAUGUCUUACAAAGCAUUGGUUUUCUUCAUGGGAAAAUGUCUAUUUUGGUGAGAUGCAGUCUAAGAUGAGAUGUGGAGAUUUUUUUUUAACGGACCUGGGCAAUAAGACAAGGGCUGCAGAGGUGCUUAGCUGACUGACAGGAUGCCAGGGUAGCUGGAUUUGUGGCUCUCGUCUCUGGAAACGUUUACAGAAUCAGUCUGAAUGGAAAGGAGCGCAGACAAGCAGAUGUGUAGCAGCAGGUUUGUGAAAACUGACUGUGAAAGCAAAACCUGCACAUUAUUUUCUGCUUCAUGUGACAGUGUUACGUGUGUCGGGAUGAACCGAGUGGAGUGCAGAGAGCCCGCUUGGACAGCGGGCAAGCAGCCAGACUUAGCUUUGUGCAGCGUAUGGAGAUUGCUAGUGCUCUGGAAAGCCAAACAUAGUUGUACUGCUGAUGCGCCUCUUGGGUGUUGCUCUCUGGGCCCUUGCUGAGCACAACUUGGCCUAAAAACCACAGCAACUKAGGGUAGAACUUGGCUGAACAGCCUACACACAGGAACAGCAGCGAGGGCUUGGUGCAUCUUAUGCCUGCACCUGUGAAGUGGAUGCUCUGAAGUCUAAUAGAAAGACUUUGCACGCUGCAGUUUAGUGAAUGUGAACUCUAAUCUUCAUUCCCCAGUCUUCCUCUAAUGGUGAUGGGAAGAGAUUUCAUGUUUGGAGUGGCAAGUUUACUCAGUUCAACCAGUGUGUGUGGGGAAAAAACUAGCAGAGGCUGGAAAGAAAUCCAUGAACCUGUGUUAUAUAGAGUACCCCGAAGGUGGGAGAAGACAAAAUCCUCGCAGUAGAUAGUGCAGCAGGGUUAAGAAAGUAUUGACCCAUCAGAAGCACUUGUGUUGGUGGUAUUAUUAUUAUUAUUAUUAUUUUUCCUAAUGCUAUUUUGAUUUUGGAAGAGGAGCGAGUGAAGACUGUCCUGCCAAAAACAAGCUGCGUGUUUACUUAAUGGUACGGAGGUGCACAGCUUGCAUUAAUGAGAAAUAGGGUUUUAAUGAUAAUAGUUUUUUUAAAGUCCUGGCACAGCUUUAGAACUAAACAGACAACUCCUGUACAUCUAAGCCUGAGGUGGAGAAUUCUUCCUUGCGGGGUCRGCUUUUUGUGUGUCUUUGGGAACAUUAUCAGAUAAUUCGGUGACAUGUGGCUAGUAUCCUGUGAUAGGAAAUAGUCAUAUGCCRUAUCUUGCCUCUGUGUCUUAAUUCUCCACCUCUGGCCUAAAUGAAGCCCCAAACUAUCCUCCUGCCUUAGAUUUCGGGGGCCUGUGUUUUAAAUGGGACAGGAUUGUGGUCCCUGAGCUGAUGAUUUUCUGUAAAUUCACAAGUAACCACUUUAUAACUUUGGCAACUACAGUGAAUUUGUUAUACAGGUGAAAAUCCUGAAUAUGGUGGUAAAUGGAAGCCUAAUAGAAUCUGUAUGUAAUACUUCCUUGUGCUUCCCUUACAGGGUGUUAUUUCUAGAAUUACUAGGCAUUUCUGCUGAAUAACUCCUUUUAGUAACGUGCCUUUCGAUGCUAUGGCACAAUUUCCAUGCCCCCGCAUAGCGCAGGGUGCCUCCUACGUGAGCCUGUCGGGUCAUCCUUUAGUUUAUUGAUUGCAAAAGUUUUUAUGGAUAUCAUUAAAGAAGUUACUUUAAAAAAUACUAUAAAAGCUGAGGUUUCUGUGAAUGAACCUCUCUGAGAUUCUGUUAACACUGACUUAGUUAAGGGAGAGUGACUCUCGUUUAACCCUCUUCAAUUCUUCCUUCUCCCCAUAAUUAUAAAAUAUAUUUUAUCAGAUUUUUUCACCAGAUCUGCCUUUUUUAUUACAUUUACUAGAUUUUUGUAGCACUCUAUAAAAUGCAUAAAAUACUGCUAUUUUUCCCRGAUAAGGUUGAAUAAAUAUAUAUACAGAAAAUUUAUGUUCUAGGUUGUCAGAUUGUCCCCKUGUCCAAAACAAACAAAAGAGAUUGGAACAAACCCGUAGUUGACGUUUUAYGUGUAAUAUAAUUGUGAAAUAGUGUUGCUUAGAGCCUGUAAAUGAAGGGGAACUGUAAAUACAAUUUCCCUGUGCACAAGCAUUUGCACUGUAGUUUUGUAUGYGUUUUUAGUAGAGUAAUUGUAGCACAACUGUUUAUGUGUAGACUGUCUGUAAGCUCUCUAGGAGUUUUACCUACUUUUCCUGUUUCCUUUUGUAUUCUAAACGGUYUUCGUUUUAAUUCUGUGUCUCCAUUCUGGGUUUCCGUAAUGCAGUAAAUGUGCAAAAAGAAACAAACUUCAAACUGCUUUAAUCAUCAGUGUGCAAGCUGA